AUGGGGCAGUUCACUUCUUCUCAGACAGCGUCCCUUGCAAAGCCCUCCAGGUGUGAUGAAGAUGCUGGCAGCGAUCCUCACGCAGGAGUCAAAACCGUUGUCCGCGAGUUCCUGGCUCGCAGCGACUACCGCUCACCCAAAUCUCUGGAAGACCCCGUCCUUCGCAGCACCCUCGCCGACGAGCUCGCCACGUGGCCAGCCUCAGUUCCCCCCUCGUUCAUCGCCAAGGUCCUCGACGGCGCCUGCGUUUAUACCGAGACCGCCUACGCCCACGUCUCGCACGCGCACAAGCUCUACAUCGCGCGCUACACCGCCUGCAUGCUCUACGUCGAUGACCUUGCGGCCACCGAAGCGUCCGGGGUGGAGGGCGCGGACGCCGUGCGCCGCUUCGCCGGCCGCUUCGUGCGCGGGGAGCCGCAGCCAGACGCGGUGCUCGACGCGCUCGCCGCGAUCUUGCGCGACGCGCACACCGGCGGGCUUUGGGGCCCGUAUGGCGCCGAUGCCAUCGUCGCCGGGACGCUGGACGCCAUCGCAGCUGCGCAUGUGGAGGGCGCGCUCGAGCGCGGGGCGAUCAAGGUGCACAGCGGGGCGACGAUGUUCCCGUCCUAUCUGCGCACGCGGGCGGGGAUCGGCCCGCCGUUCACGCACUUCGCGUUCAUGCGCGAGUGGCGAGAUGUGCCGGACUCGUACUUGCAAGUGCUACCGUAUAUGGAGCACUGGACGCUCGGCACGAAUCUCUCGUUUUACAAAGAAGAGCUCGCGGGAGAGACGAAGAACUACGUUCAUCUCCGCGCAGACGCAGAGCUGCGAUCAUGCGAAGAGGUCUUGCUCGCCUUGUCAGAUGAAGUCGCUCAGUCUGCACGCAGGAUGGACACACUCGUGAAGGAAGACGUCGAGCUCGAGGCCUUGUGGCGCCGAUACUACCAGGGAUAUCUAGAGUUUUCUUUGAAGGCCAAACGGUACCGGCUAGCCGAGUUGGGCUAUGAGCCUUGA